CAGUAGACGGCGGGUGCCCGCGCUGGUUCCAUCUUCCUCGCGAGAAUCGCUCAGCCGGCGGCGGCCGUAUGGCCCAUAGUGAUCCUGAGUAAGUUCAGCGGUCGUAGCCGUAGCCGGCGUCCGGCCACUGCCCACUGCUCACCCCAAAAACACGCCGCUCCUAUGGUGUUUCCGAUCAAAUGGAGCACGCCACCGAUGGCUCACCGUCAGCACCUCCGUCGCUUCCUCUCAUCCGCCGCCGCCCGAGCCGCCGCCCCGAUCCCCGCGCGGCGCGUCCCGCGGCCGUCCGGCACCUCCGCGCAAAGCGCCCGUAUCCGGGAGCUCGGCCGCCUCGGCCGCUUGAGCGAGGCCAGGGAGGUGUUCGACGCGAUGCCCUUCCGCGACAUCAUCGCCUGGAACUCCAUGAUCUCCGCCUACUGCAACAACGGGAUGCCCGACGCCGCGAGGUCGCUCGCCGACGCGAUAUCCGGCGGGAACCUGCGCACGGGCACCAUUCUCUUGUCGGGCUACGGGCGCGCCGGGCGCGUGCGCGACGCUCGCAGGGUGUUCGAUGAAAUGCCCGUGCGGAACACCGUGGCGUGGAAUGCCAUGGUCACCUGCUAUGUCCAGAAUGGGGACGUCACCCUUGCGCGAAGGCUGUUCGAUGCAAUGCCGUGCAGGGAUGUCUCGUCGUGGAAUGCAAUGCUUACUGGGUACUGCCAUAGCCGGCAGAUGGUGGAUGCAAGGAAUCUGUUUGAACAAAUGCCAGAACGCAACACAGUUUCUUGGACAGUGAUGAUUUCUGGGUAUGUUCUGAUUGAGCAGCAUGGUAAGGCUUGGGACAUGUUUCGCAUGAUGCACUAUGAUGGAAUGUCACCAGAGCAACCAAACCUAGUCUCUGUGCUUUCAGCUAUAAGUCACCUUGGUAAUCUCAACAUACUAGAGAGUAUCCACGUUCUUGUCCAUAAGGCUGGCUUUGAGAGGGAUGUGGUAAUAGGCACUGCCAUGCUUAAUGCAUACACUAGGGGUGUGAGUAUGCUUGACACUGCAGUAAAAUUCUUUGAAGGAAUGGCAGAGAGGAAUGAGUACACAUGGUCAACCAUGAUCUCUGCACUAUCUCAAGGUGGACGGAUAGAUGAUGCUGUUACUGUCUAUCAAAGGGACCCUCUAAAGUCUGUUCCUAGUCGGACUGCAAUGCUCACAGGGCUUGCUCAGUGUGGAAGGAUUAAUGAUGCAAGGGUUUUAUUUGAUCAGAUUCCUGAGCCUAAUACUGUAUCCUGGAAUGCCAUGAUUACUGGGUACAUGCAGAAUGAAAUGGUUGAUGAGGCAGAAGAGCUUUUCAACAGGAUGCCUUUUAGAAAUACAAUAUCUUGGGCUGGGAUGGUUGCAGGGUAUGCACAGAACGGGAGGAGUGAACAAGCUUUGGUUUUGCUACAGGCGCUCCACCGGAACGGGAUGUUACCUAGCCUGUCUAGUUUGACUAGUAGCUUCUUUGCUUGUUCGAAUAUUGAAGCUCUUGAGACAGGAAAGCAGGUGCAUUCGCUUGCAGUAAAGGCUGGUUGUCAGUUCAAUAGCUAUGUAUGUAAUGCACUGAUUACUAUGUACGCCAAGUGCAAAAACAUAGGUUUUGUGAGACAAAUCUUUGAUCGCAUGACAGUUAAAGAUACAGUAUCAUAUAACUCUUUUAUUACUGCACUUGUACAGAAUGAUAUGUUGGAAGAAGCAAGAGAUACAUUUGACAAUAUGCCCAUUCGAGAUGUUGUUUCUUGGACUACUAUAAUAUCUGCAUACGCACAAGCUGACCAGGGGAAUGACGCAAUAGAGAUUUUCAGAAGUAUGCUUCAGGAGCAUGAGUUACCCAAUUCACCAAUAUUAACGAUACUUCUUGGUGUUGGGGGAAAUCUUGGUGCUUCCAAACUUGGACAGCAGAUUCACACCCUUGCUGUCAAGCUAGGUAUGGAUUCAGGACUUAUAGUGGCUAAUGCUCUCAUCUCGAUGUAUUUCAAGUGUGGUUCUGCAGAUUCCCUUAAGGUUUUUGAUUCAAUGGAGGAAAGAGACAUUUUUACAUGGAAUACCGUUAUUACAGGCUAUGCUCAACAUGGCCUUGGAAGAGAAGCCAUCAGGAUAUAUCAACAAAUGGAAUCUGCAGGAGUGUUGCCAAAUGAGGUCACUUUUGUGGGGCUUUUACAUGCGUGUAGCCAUUCUGGUUUGGUAGAUGUAGGGCGUCAGUUUUUCAAAUCCAUGAGCUGUGAUUAUGGAUUAACUCCUCUGCUGGAGCACUAUGCUUGCAUGGUGGACCUUCUUGGGCGAGCUGGUGAUGUGCAAGGAGCUGAACAGUUUAUUUAUGAUAUGCCUAUUGAGCCAGAUGCGGUGAUCUGGAGUGCUCUUCUUGGGGCAUGCAAGAUUCACAAGAACGUACAUAUUGGUAGAAGAGCAGCUGAGAAACUUUUCUCUAUUGAGCCAUCAAAUGCUGGCAAUUAUGUUAUGUUGUCAAAUAUAUACUCCUCCCAAGGGAUGUGGGAUGAAGUUGCGAAGGUACGAAAACUUAUGAAAGAACAAGGUGUGAACAAGGAACCUGGUUGUAGCUGGAUGCAGAUAAAGAACAGAAUGCACUCAUUUGUCACUGGAGAUGAGGAACAUGAGCAAAUUCAAGAUAUAUAUGCUACCCUUCAGGAGUUGUAUACUUUGUUAAAAGCUACAGGAUAUGUGCCUGACACGGAAUUUGUUCUCCAUGACAUAGAUGAAGAGCAGAAGGAGAGCUCACUUCUGUACCAUAGUGAGAAGCUUGCUGUUGCUUAUGGCCUUCUUGUUACACCCAAGGGCAUGCCCAUUCAGAUAAUGAAGAACCUCAGAAUAUGUGGUGACUGUCACAGUUUCAUCAAAUUUGUUUCCCAUGUCACCAAGAGAGAAAUUGACAUUAGAGAUGGGAAUCGAUUCCAUCAUUUUAGGAAUGGAAAUUGUUCAUGUGGUGAUUUUUGGUGAUAAAUUAUCCCAGCACCAAUGGGCCCUCUUCACACUAUCCCUCACACUCAGAUUGCUGGCUGAGUGCAGUGAGAGGCAAGACCUUACCUCUUGAAUGUUCGUGUCAAUAUUAAGGAGGUUAUCUAUAAGUGUCUGGACUAUUGCAAGAGAAGUUUCUUGCCUCACCAGCUUCUGCUUCAGAUGGUGUGGCUACCUGAGUGACUCUGACUGAUUCUGCCUUAGCAUGCCAUUCUGAGUCUAAAGAUAACACUGUCCACCAGGACCCAUCGGGAAAUUAAAAGUUAUUGCCGUUUGCUGCUCCCUUCGCGUUUCUUGGCCUCGUGGUGCCUCCCGCGUGCCAACUCGUGGUGUCUAAGAAGAGGAAGCUGCUGCGCUCAACCUUAGCGAGGACCCCGCACAACUGUUCCGGUAUAUGGCGUUGCUUGCCCUCAGUCAUCUGAGGCAGAACAGCAUCGAAGGAGACAUGCUGACUGGCAGAUGAGGUGCAAGCCGGAGAUCCACGUCCACAUGGUGUACUAGUCUGUCCUUACCUUUUCCCUCCAGGCCAUGGCGAGUGAAUUGUAAUAUGCUGAAGCAGGACAGCUUUAGGCCAUGGCAAGUUCAGUGAGCCUGUCAGCCCAGCACAGAUGUUGAAAGAAUACCUGCCAGAGACAUUGAGGAACAGAGGAGAUUUGUUCAGACCGCUUAAUGGAACAUUUAAAUUAAAGAAUGAUCACUUGCGCCACAUGGAUGUAUUAUGAGGAUUCUCUGUUCUUAAGAUGCUGGCUUCUUUUUGCAAUUGAAUCUAGGAUGGUUACUCCAAAUUGUGAACCCCAAGGAGGAGCUCAGGAAGCUGAAGAAUCACUUCCCUAGAUGGAAGAAUCUGUGUCAAAGGAGAGGCAAGUUAAAUGUUUACAAGGUUGGCAAUCAUGUUGAGAAGUUCCAAAAAAGGAUGAAGAUGGUGGGAGGAAGAAGAGAUCAAAGUAGAUUUGUGAGAUGAGCUAUAAGCUUCCCCCCUAUAUUCUUCUGAUAUUGCAUCUAGGAUAAAGACCAAGAAUGGCUGCGCAGGCAAGAAGAAAUCCGACGGGUUCUCUUUACCGCUUCUGAAGAAAUAUCUGAGGGUAUUUAAAUACUGAUAAUCAUUCACAAGGGCAUAGAGACGCAACAGCUGUAAUGAGGUGCACGGUACGUGCAUUGCAUUUUACUCCAUUCUUCCAUUUGGUGUCUACUUCCUUCCUGUGUAAAAUGAGAAUGUUGUGUUUCUCGUUUUGCCCACCCGAGUCUGUUGCCGAUCAUUGGACUUACCCGCUUGCCCUGUUCAAUAUUCUUUCUGUCCGUAUAUUUCAGUUAACUAUUCUGACA